AUGAUGGUCACCGGCGUCGCAGCCAAGACCAUCACCAGCCAAAUGAGAGCAACCCGUCCGUCCGCUACGUUGACGUCCGCAUUCCCUGUUGUCGCUUCUCCCGCUUCGCAUAUUGCCUCGUCUGCCACUCCGCCUGGUGAUGACCGUCGCGACAACACCGCACUUGUUCACACGGCGCAGAAUGUCGCACCCGCGAUCCCUUCGGGAUCAGAGCUUCUAAGCUUGACAGAGAUCCUCAUUGAUCGCGCUAACGUCAACCUCGACGACCCCCGUCACAGGAUUAGCAUUAUGACCUUGCAGAACGCUAUUAACAGGCAGGACGAAGAGGUCCGCCGCCUGAGAGCAGAUAUUCAGCGUCGUGCUUGGGAAUACGACGCGCUCAAGCUUGCUUCUAUGGCGAUCCCGGAGAGGGAAGUCGAGUUGGAGAAUCGCGCCGAGACUCUCGAUCUGGAGAACCGGCAGCUUCGAUGGGCGAAUCGCCAACUCCAGCAAUUGGGCCCGUUUGUUGAGAGGCAGAAUAUGCAGAUCGAGCAGAAGUCGUGGCACAUCCAAGAGCAAGACGAGAAUCGUAAGGAAAUAGAAGAAGAUAAUGAGAAGCUGGAGAAGGAAAUCGAAGAUCUUCAGGGUCAAGUCGAAGAUCUUGAGGGUCAAGUCGAAGAUCUCAAGAAGCGACUCGAGGAAGAGAAGGCGGGCAGGCAGAAAGACAAGGAGAACUGCACUCAGCAGUUGCCCAAGUUUAAGCAGUCCACACAUCCCACCGACAUGCCGAGCAUCAACCCUUUUCAUCCGAGGAGCAGAAUCUUCGAAUCCAGCGUUUCGCCGCAACCCACUACUCAAGCUACUCCCGUCACUGCGUCUCGCUCAGAGCGAGACGCGGCAUUGCCUGAUCGUCGAAGGAGCUUAAUGGCUCGCGCUGCCGAGUACACCACGACGCCACCUACUCGACCCAGUAGCACGGUGCCCCGCCUGCCCGAUCGACGCUACGCCCGUGACCGCAGCAUGUCACCGCUUCGUAGCCCCCCUCAACGUGACUUUCGAGAGGCUCGCGCGCCCUCUCCUCCUCCAGUCUCACGCCGCCGCUUCCUCACCGAGACUAUCCGCCAUCGCCCUGAGGAUGCGAUUGCUAAUCCCAACCGCGACAGCCCGUCGGUUACCCUUUCAAGAUACCCGCGCAGGAUUGCACCUAGCUUGAACGACGACACAUUCGCGGCAACCACUGUCUCGUUACAACCACCUCACGCGCAAUGA